CACGCAACACUAACCUACGUAAAUACGUUCGAACGCGAACGCGAUGACGGGACGCGGUGGUGGUCGCGUUAAUAGCCGUCCGUACGCCGUGGUCGUCGUAGCCCGUCACCGCCGCGGCCACCCGUCGCAGAUAUCCGCAGCCGCGGUCGCACACUCGCCCGCGACAUUUAACGUUACACCGACAUGCGACCAGCAGCCACCGCCGCCGCGUUGGUGACCGCGGCCGCGGCAUCCUGUUGCCUGGCGGCCGGCGCCGACGACGGGGCCCUGUACCUGACGCCCAUGAUACGCGACGGUCGCGUGGACGAGGCGCGGACCGCGUGCGAUGUGCGUCUGGCCAACGCCACCGCGGUCAGCAGCUGCGCCGGUUACCUGACCGUGGACGAUCAGCACGGUUCCAAUCUGUUCUUCUGGUUCUUCCCAGCCGCGAACCGACGCACCGACGCGCCCGUCCUGCUGUGGCUGCAGGGUGGCCCCGGCGCGCCCACCCUGUACUCUGUGUUCAACGAGCAUGGCCCGUUCUCGGUGAACGAGAGCCACGGCCUCGAGCCGCGACGGCACGCGUGGACGGCCACGCACUCGGUGCUGUAUGUGGACAAUCCGGUUGGUGCGGGAUACAGCUUCACCAACCACGAUGCCGGCUAUAGCGUGAACCAGAUGGCCGUCGGCCUCAAUCUGUACACUGCACUCGUCCAGUUCUUCACGCUAUUCCCCGAGUACCGUGGCAACGAGUUCUACGUGGCCGGCGAGUCGUACGCCGGCAAGUACGUACCCGCCGUGUCGUACGCCAUACACACCAACAACCCUGGCGCGGACGUCAAGAUCAACUUUAAGGGGCUGGCCAUCGGCAACGGGCUCAUCGACCCUGCCAACCAAAUGGUCUACAGCGAGUUCCUGUUCCAACACGGACUCAUCGACGAAAACGGAAAACGACACUUUGAGGAACAAGAGCGGCUGGUCCGCGAACGGAUCGCCAACGGUGACUUCAAGGCGGCGUACUACGCGAUGGCCGAGAUGAUGAUCACCGUACCGUCACUGUUCAGCGAGCUGACCGGCAUGCGGAACAUCUACAAUGUGGUGUGGAACGAAAACCCGAUACCAUUUGAGGGCGGCAACUGGGAUAGGUUCGUGCAGGAGAAUGCGACGCGGGCCGCGUUGCACGUGGGCAAACGGUCGUGGUCGAUGGUGGACAUGGUGUACGAGCGGCUCAAGUACGAUAUACCGCGGUCGGUAAGCCCGUGGCUGGCCACGUUACUGGACGCCGGCCAGUACCGUGUGCUGUUGUACUCCGGCCAACUGGACGUGAUCGUGCCGUACCGCGGCACCGUGAACGUGGCCCGGUCGCUCCAAUGGUCGGGCGCCGAGCAGUUCCGGAACGCGACGCGUACCAUUUGGCGCGUGCCCGUGCCGGACGGUCGCGAGAACGUCACCAAUGUGGCCGGCUUCGCGACCGCGCACGGCCCGCUUACCGUGGUGCUGAUCCGCAACGCCGGUCACAUGGUGCCGUACGAUCAACCGGCGUGGGCGUUUGAUCUCAUCACCCGGUUCACGUCUGGAAAACCGUUUAAAUAGCGUAUUUUUACCCGCCCGAUUGCCACGCGUAUCAUCGAACCGUUCGAUUUUCAGUUACCGCAGCACUGCAUUCGUAUCCGAGACCUAUACUUUCCUUUUCCCCAUCACCUAGCAGCAUUAACUGCAGUUUUCCCGAAUUUUCGGGGUUAACAUAGAAUUCUGAACAGGUUAACACGAUAAUUCUUUUUUUUAACCGCACCAAAACCAAUGAGUCGGUGGAUCUUAGGUCAUGUACAUUAGACAAAGUGGUAUGGAGCUAUUUACAUUCGCUGAGCAAUCGGUCCCGAUGUCACUGCUGCGGGUGUAUGGUAACUUGUUUAAAAUUGGUGCGACAUUCGCCCCUCAUUCCGCACUUUUUAUGAUGUAUGUGUCCAAAGCAAUCAACUUAUGUGCAUCACUCACCGACUAUGCAUGUUCUAGGUGAUAACCCUGUCCAGUUUGUACGAUCUAAGGUCGAGGUUAUCAAUGGAGAUAUUCUUCCUUUUUGUUUUCUUCUUCUUGUACGAGUGUUGCAUCCUCAGCGGACGUUGAUGGUUCCUGUUACCCUUUCAAUGUAUUGAUCAUUUUUGUGAAAUAGAUAUCCAUCAAUGGUUCCUUAAUUGAAUUAUUAAUCUACAAAGUCGUGCAACUAUCAAGUCGAAAGAAAAACACAUUGCUGUAAUAAUCCACUUUAUAUGAGAAAACAUACCUUUAUCUCGUGUGGCAGUCGAGUCAUCAAAAUGCACGUUUUGCGGGUCGUCCAAAAUGCAUAUACUGUAAUACACCUAAUUACAAUAAUGCGCUUUUGGACUUCAACGAAUACUUAAUUACGUUACAAAAACGUUAUAUGUCACGUAUACAUUAUGUGCCAAUAACGAAAUGUGUGUAUUUCGUGAAUGCUUAUAUCGAUUAAAAAAUUUUCAUUAUUUCCACGGAACUCUUAUUUCGAUCGUUUUUAUGCUUCAUAUGCAGACGUAUAAUAUUUGAGAGAAAUAUACAACUAGCGCUUAAAAUGUGUAGUGUAUACAUCAUAUAUUUAUAGAUUAUGUAAUUGUAAGGUACCUCUUACGUGUAUUACAUAUACGUGUUUUAAGACUAUAAUAACAUGGAACUAAUGACUAACAACUAUGUAUAAUAGGUAUAAUUCUUUAAUUGUGAGAAAGUGAAUAUGAAUAUAUUUUUAUUUGUAAAGAUUUUUUUUUUUUGCUUAUUUUAAUAUGUUUAUAGUUGCA